AUGUCCGGCGAUACCGCCGACUUGCUUAACUCCUUUUCUCCGAUAACAUAUCACAAUGGCGUUGAUGCAAUGGCACCAUACGGCAAUUUCCGUGACACGUCUUUCUCUGGUCUAGAGGCAGCCCCAUUCGAGGAAGGCACAAAAGACGAUUCUGUGUGGACUACACAAUGUUUCGUGGGCACGAGAGGACCACGAAAUCAUGGAAACAGCACAACACAUCGCUCUGACUUAAACUGA